GUGAGAAUUAGAACCGGGACUUGCGGACAUAAGUUUGCGUUCACAUUUAUUGAGCGCAGUACCAAACUGAGCAAUGACAGCUCUUAAUCGGUGUCGCUAAACGAAACACCAUGGCUUGCAGGGAUGUGCUGCGCGCGGAGGAGGGUCAGGGUGCGCGGAGCUCGAGCGCAGGUGCUGCUUUUCUCAGGUCCAGUCACGAUGGCUGUAUCCAGAAGGUGUGCUGACAGCCCACCUCCCUCCCAGAUGGAUCUCUGCAGUCUGCACCGAAACCGCACGGCCCCAGUGAGUGAGAGUGGCCCUCGCAGAGGGGAUCUGCCCCUAUGUGCCCGGACGAACGGCUGGAGCUGGCCUCCGCACCCCUUUCAGCUGCUCGCCUGGCUGCUGUACGUCUACUUCGCCACCGUCGGGUUCGGAGUCUUCGUGCCGCUACUGCCCCCCCACUGGAUCCCUGCAGGCUACAUCUGCACUGGCGUCAUGUUCGCUUGCCACCUGUUCGUCCACCUCAGCGCCGUCUCGGUCGACCCGGCCGACGGCAACGUGAGGGCCAAGAGCUCCAGGGGACCCGUGCCGGAGUUCGACCGCACCAAGCACGCGCACGUCAUCGAGAACUGCCACUGCUACCUCUGCGAGGUGGAUGUGAGCCCCAAGUCAAAACACUGCAGUGCCUGCAAUAAGUGUGUGGCGAGCUUCGAUCACCACUGCAGGUGGCUCAACAAUUGUGUGGGCGGCAGGAACUACUGGCUUUUUCUCUACAGUGUCAUUUCGGCACUGCUGGGGGUGUUGCUAGUGGUGAUCGUUGCCAGUUAUGUUUUGAUUAAGUUCUUCUUGGAUCCUUCAUCGCUUCAUUCUGAUAAACAUGUACAAGUGAACAACAGGACUGCGGUGUGGUUUGUGUUUCUACCAGCGGUCCCUGUUUCCGGAGUGGGACCGGCCCUCCCGGCCCUGGCCAGCAUCACCGUCACUCUGGGGCUCGUUUCUGUCCUCCUGCUGGCCCAUCUCUUGGGCUUUCACGUGUACCUCAUGUGGAACAGACUGAGCACAUACGACUACAUCGUCCUUCAACGGCACCGUCAGGACCCCCAAAGAUCCAGCGGAAGUGUCCCUGACAAUGACAGCUCACUCCCCAAGGCCAGCCUGCCCAAGGUACGAUGCUGUCCAUCCCAGUGGGGGAACGCAGGUGGCACCUCUUUAAACCGGGCAAAUUUUGUCAUCUGUUGUCUCUUUUCCUCUGACCCCUAUCUCUGUAACUCGUACUGGAUGUUACCCAGGAUGUGCGGCAACGGAGCAGUGAGGAACUUGUCUGUCGUGGCGGCUGAGAGGGAACGUGUCCCCAUAAUGUCAGCUGAGCUCCAGCCAAAUGGUCAAGCCAAGAAGCAGAGAAAGAAGAAAAAGAAAGUUCGUCAAGUUCCAGCAGAAGUUACCAAAGACAGACUGAUGGAGAGCAGCACCGGGAGAGGGUUUCCUCCGGAACCAGAGUCCCUGGAGGAGGUCCCUGUGGUGCUGGCGCAACUGGGCAGUGCCUCCCUAGCCAAGCAUAGGACCCCCAGGACAGCUGACCCUGCCCCGGCCUCCCAGCAUUCCCCAUUUUCCGUUGCCACGCAGCUCUUACCCUCUCCCCAGCCUAGGGCCAAAAGGACGGUCAGUGCACCGAGGUCAGGUAAGGCGGCCAAGUUGGAAAUUGCUGCCCAGGGACCCGAUGUGUAUGUUAGCAAGAGCAGCGGGGAGCCAGUGGGUGCUGUCGAGGAGCUCGGUCAGAUGGAAGAGGGCAAGAAGAGCAUCAGCUUCAGAAGAGGUACCCCGCCACUAUAG